AUGGCUUCAGGAAACCCCUCUCAGAAGCGCAAAGCCUCCGACGCUCCAGUUUCCCCGCCGAUGGUCAAGCGAAAGAUCCAGAGUGGAACAACCACUAAUUUCUUCACACCGACGUCAAAGAAGCCCAAAGACCCGACGAUUUGGUCCGAACGGAGCCCGAAUGAUGAUACCCCUGCCACACUCCUCGUCGGUCGGUACGAGCCGGAGACGCCAGAAGACAGAAACAUCAAGAGGAGGAAGGUUGCUGCGUUCGAUUUGGAUUCUACCCUGAUAGCCACUGCUUCAGGCAAGAAGCAUGCUAGCAACGGCACAGACUGGAAGUGGUGGGAUGCUAGUGUGCCUAGUCGACUUCGAGAGCUGUACCAGGAUGGUUACCGAGUGGUCAUCCUGUCAAACCAAGCUGGUCUGACACUGCACUUUGAUCCCAAGUUCAAGGGACCAAAAGCCUCUGCCCAAAAGCGUGUCUCAGAGUUCAAGCAGAAGUGCAGCGCCGUCCUCAGCAACCUGAACCUUCCCACAUCGGUCUACGCCGCAACCGCGCACGACAUAUACCGAAAACCGAGAACAGGGAUGUGGACGGAACUGUGCGACGACUUUGACAUCCCGGAAGAAGAGGUAGACAUUGAGAACAGCAUCUUUGUCGGCGAUGCAGGAGGGCGCACAGCCUCCCUGGGCAAGGGACAAAACGGCGCAGCGACGGCCAAGGAUUUCAGCUGCUCGGACAGGAACUUUGCGCACAACGUGGGAAUCAAAUACCAGACGCCGGAGGAGUUCUUCCUCGGAGAAAAGCCUCGGACAUUCGCUCGAGAUUUCGACUUGUCCGACCAUCCUUUCGAGAUAUCCGAACCGGGGAAUCCCGACGACGUCGUCUUUGACAAGACUAACGACAGGGACAUGGUCUUAUUCUGUGGACCUCCCGGCGCGGGGAAGAGUAGCUUCUACUGGAAAUACCUCAAACCUCUGGGGUACGAGAGGGUAAACCAAGACCUCCUCAAGAGUCGCGACAAGUGUGUGCAGGCGGCGAGGGAACAUCUCCAAGAGGGACGGUCUGUCGCGAUAGACAAUACCAACGCCGAUCCCGACACCAGGACCAUUUGGGUAGAGCUUGCCAAGAAAUUCGGCAUCUCUAUCCGUUGUGUGUGGUUCAAGACUCCCAUCGCGUUGUGCGAGCACAAUGAUGCUGUGCGCGCCAUGAACAAGUCGCUCAACCCAGAGUCACGACAGGUUCUGCCCAAGCUGGCAUUUUCUGGCUUCUCUGCUCGACACAAGCCUCCACAGAAGAAGGAAGGAUUCCAGGAUAUCACAGAAGUCAGCUUCAGGUUCCGUGGCACAGAAGAGGAGUAUCGCAUAUGGGGUCGAUACUGGACUUGA